GAGUCACCCAUCCAAAAUUCUUGGUUUUUAUAUGUGUCACUUUAUAAAACAAAAGAAAAGAAUAAUAUAUACAUUAUUCUCCCCUUUUCUUUUACUCUCUUAAAUUAUUCAGCGAAAAAUGGAAAAUCAGAACAAAAAGUUUUCAGGAAGUUCCGGAGUUGAAUGAACCUUCUACCAGCACUCGGAGUCACCGAAUCGACGUUCAGAACAAACAGAAAUGGCGCAAUUCUGCAUCCAACUUCUAUGCAGUACAGUCUAUGGACCUUCUACUUCAGCAAGGUUCUCACAAAAACGCCGCCGAUGUCCUAUUUGACAUGUUCAAAAAUGAAGUAACAGGACUUCUGCCAAUCGGAAAAUUUUUGGCCGCUCUGAGGACAACCGGCAUUAGAAAAAAUGACGCUCGUGUCAAAGAUAUUAUGCAAAAUUUAUACAUAGUGCACAGAGAUUCCAAUUUCGAAGGUACCCCGGAAACACUAAAACUAGACAGGGAAACUUUUAAUGAAGUAAUUAAGCCUAACAUCGUUCUGAUAACGAAGGCUUUCCGCAGUCACUUUGUAAUUCCAGACUUCCAAGACUUUAUAAAAGACAUAGAAGAAAUGUUUUGGGGUGCUAAAAGUAACUACAAUGGAAAAAUACCUAGUUACAUACCGCAGCUGGCUAGGGCCAGCGUAGAGAGCUGGGGAGUGAGCGUUUGCACUAUCGAUGGACAACGAUUUUCCAUCGGUGACGUGAACGUUCCAUUUACUCUACAAUCGUGCAGCAAACCGCUUACAUACGCUAUGGCUCUCGAGACUCUGGGAGCCGAACUGGUACACAAAUAUGUUGGCACAGAGCCCAGUGGCCGCAACUUCAAUGAACUCGUUCUAGACUAUAACAUGAAGCCGCACAACCCAAUGAUCAAUGCAGGAGCAAUUAUAGUGUGCUCAUUACUGAAGACCUUGGACAGGCCCGAGAUGUCCUCCGCUGAAAAGUUUGAUCAUGUCAUAUCAUUCUUUAGCCGACUGGCUGGCAACGAACCCCUGGGCUUUAACAAUGCAGUAUUUUUGUCUGAACGCGAAGCUGCUGACAGAAACUAUGCGCUUGGCUUCUACAUGAGAGAACAUAAAUGUUUCCCAGAAAAAGCUAAUUUCCGAGAAUGUAUGGACUUCUAUUUCCAAUGUUGCUCGUUGGAAGCCAACUGCGACAUUAUGGCAAUUGUGUCUUCCACCUUAGCAAAUGGAGGUAUCUGCCCUAUCACUGAUGAAAAAGUUCUUCGGAACAGCACCGUACGCAACGUGCUAUCUCUUAUGCAUAGCUGUGGCAUGUACGAUUAUUCAGGAGAAUUCGCGUUCAAAGUAGGACUUCCAGCGAAGUCUGGAGUGUCUGGAGCUAUGAUUAUAGUGGUUCCUAAUGUUAUGGGCAUCUGCACAUGGUCCCCACCGCUGGAUCCUCUAGGAAACAGCUGCCGAGGCUUGCAAUUCUGUGAUGACUUGAUCAAGAGGUUCAAUUUCCACAAGUACGACAACAUUCGUUACGCGAGCCACAAGAAAGAUCCUCGUCGGUACAAGUUCGAGUCUAUUGGCCUCAACAUCGUCAAUCUCUUGUUCUCUGCUGCGAGUGGUGAUAUUAGCGCACUGAGGAGGCACCACCUCUCAGGCAUGGACAUGACUCUGGCGGAUUACGAAGGUCGUACCGCGCUACAUCUGGCUGCAGCGGAGGGCCACCUCCCCUGCGUAGUAUUUCUCCUUGUUCAGUGUGGAGUCCCGCACGACCCUCGCGACCGCUGGGGCAAGCGCCCACUGGACGAGGCGGAAACAUUCAGGCACCCCGACAUAGUCAAGUAUCUGAAGGAGUGGGGGGCCACGCACUCUUCUGACAAGUCAGAUCAUGAAAACACGAGACCACCCACCGUUGAUGACAUUUUAAUAUCUCACCCAGACGCCGAUGACGCGACAAAGGACCCGAGCAUCAUAGCAAUCGUCUCCAAGUUUGAAGAAGACAAAGAAAAGGUAAUCGACUAGGAUGUUAUGAGAUGUUGGCGUGACUAUGUAGUCACUUUUAAUUACUUUUGAGAUAUACAGUAUCGUUUUAAGUACCUAUAUGAAAAUGAUUCACCUAAGUAUAUGAAUACGAAAAUAUUAGGUACCUACCGUAUAUUUUGCGGCAUUCGAUACUCUCUCGAGUUGACUUUGGUAGAAAACAAAAUUUAACAGUACCUAUAUGUUGAUCCCUAUAUCUAAAUUAAGUAGAAAAAUACGAUGAAAUUCACGUUUGGACAGCUUUUCUCGUGAAGAAUGAUAUAUAUUUUUAUAUAUAAAACUAAAAUGGUGUCUUACGUCCAUAUCAACAUAAGAAAUUCAUAUAUGAAAUGGGGCUUUGUUAUAUAUGUGUAUAGUGUAGAGAUUAAGCUUGACCAAGUUGAUUCAGCACUGAGCUCAAAGUUUAAUGAUGAGAAACGCAAUAUCUUGAGAAAGAAUCAGUAUGUGGAAGAGAUUUAUAGAAAAAUAAAGUCGGUUUACUGAGAAGACUGGGAAAGUUACCUAUAUCUGUACCUACUUAAUAUAAUAAAAGGGAUUUUCUUUCGUUUGUUUUUACCCUUAAGGCUCGAAAACGACUAAUCCGAUAUGGAAACUUGGAAAAAAUAUCAAACACUUUUGGGAAGUUACGAGUCAAUCCACGUGUAACUAAGGCUAUAUUUUAUCCCGGUACGGGAAGAACGUGGAACUCACGGGACGAAGGUGAAACCGCGGAUAAGUAGCGGAUAUUUUAAGUAUAUAGUAUAGAUAGAACAUUGCACAAUGCAAAAUGAAUAAUAUUGGUAAAAUAUACAGUAUGUACUUACUACUUUUUCAGAAACUUAGUUAAUAGCAUAAUAUCGUAAGGUAGAUAACUAAUCCAUCUGUUUAUAAAAUCUCUAUUCAUGGUUAAUCUGAUUUUUGGAGAUUAUCCUUAAAUAUUGCAACUAUUUUUAUUAACAUUCCAUUUUUGAUACUAAUAAAUUAUGAUAAAUAUAUUGUUUUCCAAAUGUUUGUCAAAUAAAUAUAUUGUUGACUUA